UCCUGUGUGACUAUGUGCGAUUUGUUUGUGUUGUGUAUUUGGAUAUGUGCCUGUAUGGAUGGGUCCCGGUGUAUUUUUAUCUGUUUCUAUACUGUGUGUAUCCACUCCUUGGCUCAAGGCCUGCGUGAGUCCCGGGUUGGGGGCUCCUGGGUCCAGGAGCGACGACAGCGGGGAGAGCCUAGGCGAGGACUUCUACCGAGAAGCCAUCGAGCACUGCCGCAGCUACAACGCGCGCCUGUGCGCCGAGCGCAGCCUGCGCCUGCCGUUCCUCGACUCGCAGACCGGCGUGGCCCAGAACAACUGCUACAUCUGGAUGGAGAAGACCCACCGCGGCCCGGGUUUGGCCCCGGGACAGAUUUACACGUACCCCGCCCGCUGUUGGAGAAAGAAACGGAGACUCAACAUCCUGGAAGACCCCAGACUCCGGCCCUGCGAGUACAAGAUUGACUGUGAGGCGCCAUUGAAGAAGGAGGGCGGCCUCCCAGAAGGGCCGGUCCUUGAGGCUCUACUGUGUGCUGAGACAGGGGAGAAGAAGAUAGAGCUGAAGGAGGAGGAGACCAUUAUGGACUGCCAGAAACAGCAGCUGCUGGAGUUUCCACAUGAUCUUGAAGUGGAAGACUUGGAGGAUGACAUUCCCAGGAGGAAGAACAGGGCCAAAGGAAAGGCAUAUGGCAUCGGGGGUCUCCGGAAACGCCAGGACACCGCUUCCCUGGAGGACCGAGACAAGCCGUAUGUCUGUGAUAUCUGUGGGAAACGGUAUAAGAACCGGCCAGGGCUCAGCUACCACUACACCCACACCCACCUGGCUGAGGAGGAGGGGGAGGAGAACGCCGAACGCCACGCCCUGCCCUUCCACCGGAAAAACAACCAUAAACAGUUUUACAAAGAAUUGGCCUGGGUCCCUGAGGCACAGAGGAAACACACAGCCAAGAAGGCGCCUGAUGGUACUGUCAUCCCCAAUGGCUACUGUGACUUCUGCCUGGGUGGCUCCAAGAAGACAGGGUGUCCCGAGGACCUCAUCUCCUGUGCCGACUGUGGGCGAUCAGGACACCCCUCGUGUUUACAGUUCACGGUGAACAUGACGGCAGCUGUGCGGACCUACCGCUGGCAGUGCAUCGAGUGCAAGUCCUGCAGCCUGUGUGGCACCUCGGAGAACGACGGUGCCAGCUGGGCGGGUCUCACCUCCCAGGACCAGCUGCUGUUUUGUGAUGACUGCGAUCGGGGUUACCACAUGUACUGCCUGAGUCCUCCCAUGGCAGAGCCCCCGGAAGGGAGCUGGAGUUGUCACCUCUGUCUUCGGCACCUGAAAGAGAAGGCCUCUGCCUACAUCACCCUCACCUAGGCCUGGCUCUGGCUCACCUGGACCUCUGGGGUGAUGCUUGCCUACCUGCCUCUUGGAGCUCCUCCAGUCUCUCCCCAUCCUUAAUGCCCCACAGUGGAAGGGGCCGGGGGGCGGGGGGAGCCUGAGAGGGGGCUGGGCCACCCCUCCCCUCUGUGCAAGUGGAAUGUUUGCCCUGUGGGUUGGUGGGCCCAGCAGGGUCCUCUCCCUUCCUCCCUCCUGCCUCACCCCUUCGCAAAUGGGCACCAGGGGCUUCUGCUCCCCUCAAAGCCAUACCCCGCCUCUGGGCGGGCACGAGGGGUGGUGGAUGCCAGCUGGGGGCACGGACAAAGCCUUUUUCUAAAGAAAAAGUCAAAAAGUUAAAAAAAAAAAAAAAGAAACUAAUAUAUAACAAAGAGUCCUAUAAGGUCUGGCUGGGUGGAGGGGGUACUGCUGAGCGCAUCUACUGGGCACCGGUCUACGCCAGUUUCCUGCCUGGCGGCUCCUCCCCCACCCCAGUCCCUGGAGUUGCAGCUCUCCCACCUCCCCACCCAAGGUGGGCACCAUUCCCCCCUCGUGCCCAGGGCAGGUGGGUGUGGUGUCCACCCCCCGCCCUCUCUUGGUGCCCACUGUGGAUACUGCAUGAUGUGAACCACGGUUUUGAACUCCGUUCCUGCUCCCUCCCCGAGAGCCCCGCCCCGAGCCCACUCUGUGCCUGCCUUGGCAAGGCGGGCCCCUGCCCAGCGCCUGCUGGAAUGAGAAGCACAGACUCUGCAACGGACUAGAUUUUCCUCCUCCCCCGGCCCCGAUUCCCUACCGGCCAGGCCGGGCUGCCCCCUGCCACCCUCGCUGGCCAUUUUCGGGUCGCGGGGGGGCGUGGUUGUUUCUUGUGGUUGUGUGUGUUUGUUGUUCGGGUUUAAAAAAAAAAGGGAAAUUGAGACUGCAAGUGGGGGAGGUGGUGGGUUUGGGGGGUCUCCCCCAAUCCAGGCGUGUCCCCCCUUGUAAACGAGUCUCCUUUAUUGCCUGCCUCUGCUGUGAAUUAACUUGUUCCGUGUAUUAAACUGGGCCU